GCCACUUCCGAGUGUUGACGUAAACGUCAAACUUGUCACUAAAAUUGUGAUCUAACCUCAAAUUUGCACGAGGUAGUUAGAGUUAGUGAGGUUAUAAAAUGGAGCUGUUCGUGAUAAACAGACACGGCGAAGAAAAACCCGAAAUCACGAAAGAAGAAGAAAAGGAGAAGCUCGACAAAAUCUUGAAACGAGUGGAACGAAAAAAGCAGCAACGAAUACGACAACGAGAAAGAGAAAAGGAGAAACGACGGACCCUAAAACCGGAAGAGAAACCCCAAACAGACCCACAAAUUGACAGUCAAGAGUACGAACCGACCGAAGAACCUCGUACGAAAGUACAAAAACCGGCUGAGCCAAACGUCGAUUUAAGUAGUUUUACGAUAUUGGGUGCCACUACGAGCACGAAAAAAACUAAAGCCAAUAGAGUCUUACCACAAUGGCUUACAAACCCUGCAGUUAUUUCUUCCGACUUACAAACUCUAACAGCAAAAGUGUCGAAAAUGAAACAACUGGACAAGUCAAUACGAAACCAGUUGAAGUCAAAUGGUAUAAAAUAUUUUUUCCCGGUUCAAGCAGAAGUCAUUCCUUAUCUUUUACAAAGUCAGAAAGAAACAGACAUUAUGUUCCCUAGAGACAUAUGUGUUUCAGCCCCCACAGGCAGUGGAAAGACUCUAGCUUUCGUGCUUCCUGUAAUCCAAGCUUUGAAAAAACACACCACCAGAAAAAUCCGCGCUUUGGUGCUUCUCCCAACUCAAGAUUUAGCUGAACAAGUGUUUAAAAGUUUCAAGCAGUACACACAAGACACCGCGCUUGAAGUGGGGCUCAUUACCGGCAAGCACCUCUUCACCAUAGAACAAAAACAACUAGGUUAUGUCAGUCCGUCGUUCGGCUACGUUAGCAAAAUUGACGUUCUCGUGUGUACGGCAGGCCGACUCGUCGGUCAUUUAAAAUCCACCGAAGGCUUCACCCUCUCCUCGCUCGAGUUCCUCAUAAUCGACGAAGCAGACCGCGUUCUGGAGACCGUCCAAGACGACUGGUUAUACCACUUAGAGAAACACAUAUCGAGGGUACAAAACCGCAAAGUCCUCAAUUUGUGUACUUUGCAGAAGCAGAGGUCCCCCCAGAAGCUUCUAUUUUCGGCCACGCUGACCCAAGACCCCGAAAAAAUCGAAAAGUUGUCUUUGUUUCAACCAAAGUUGUUCAGUUGCGUGGUUGACAGCAACCACGCGGAAGAUUCUGGGGGGAAGUACACCACACCGCACGAACUUACCGAAAAAUACGUCCUAUGUUCCAAGGACUUGAAACCUCUGGUUUUGUACACGUUUAUCAAGCGCGAGGGUUUGACGAAGACGAUUGUGUUCACGCAUUCCGUGGAAACCACGCACCGGUUGAAAAUCCUCCUCCAGGGGUUGUUCAAGUCGAAGCUAAAAGUCGAAGAGGUGUCGUCGAGUUUGAGGGGGAAAAGUCGGGAUGGGUUGAUCGCGAGUUUUACGAAAGGGGAGAUUGAUGUGCUUAUUUGUACUGAUUUUCUGGCUAGAGGGAUUGAUUUGGCGGGGGUGCGGUGCGUGGUGUCGUAUUCAGCCCCUAAGUACUUGAAGACGUAUAUACACAGGGUGGGGAGGACGGCGCGAGCGGGGGAGUCAGGGUUGGCUGUGACGCUUGUACAUAAUGAACAACUGACGGCUUUCAAGACUUUGUUGAAGAAGGAGAUCGACGAGGUUAAAGUUGACGAGGAGGAGUUAGAAACCUUGGGGAAGAAGUAUAAGAAGGCGUUGAGUAAGUUGAAGGAGACGGUGGGCAAGGAGGAGAAGGAAGGGAGGAAUAGUGUGAUUUUGAAGAAGAAGGCGGUGAAGAAGAGAAAGACGAAAGUGAAUCAAGCAAAGAGUGCGGAAUAGGUUUAUUAAAAAAACUGAUUAUGUGUAUAUAUUUUUUAAUAAAUUUUUGCUACUUA